AUUUUUAUCUUAUGUAAUUUCGUUUUUUCUUUUCAUCUUCUGCACGGUACAUUAUUUAUCCCAUCCCAAAGUGAAGAGGAAUUCAACAAGUAAAAGGAGACUGAGCAGAUCAAUGCCUAAGCGACACAAAUCAAGAAGUUUGAGCCCUGUCAGAUUAAAGUCAACAAGGAGACGAUCAGGGAGUCCUCAAACAAAAAUUAAAAAAGAGCCACCAUGGACACCACCUAGGGACAAAAGAGGAGCAGAUAGACAUAGAGAAAGAUCUGCAGAGAGAGAAUUGGCAAGAGAUAAACAUCAUAUCAAGAGAGAGCGAGGGAACAGAGAUUACAGAGAGGACAGACAAACAGACAGGGUCAGAGUGAAGCAAGAGAGAGAGAACAGACAUGACAGAGCACACAGACAGAGAGAGGACCAGCAGAGAGAGAGGAGGCGAAAUGAUGACCGCAGGCGGGAAAAUCAAAGACACGGUACAAAUAAUCCAUUCAGAAACACAGGGGAGGAUGGACACGAGUAUGGUCGACCAGGUGAUACAAGGGAUAAAAACAAUACAAACCCUGUGGAAAAGGAGAAACCCAAUUUCAGCACAUCUGGAAAAUUAGCAGAGGAUACUAAUGUGUACAGGGGUGUUGUUAUUAAGUAUAAUCAGCCACCAGAGGCAAGAAAACCAAAGACGAGAUGGAGACUUUAUCCAUUCAAAGGUGAUGAAGCUCUCCCUGUAUUACAUAUCCAUCGACAGAGUGCCUAUCUCAUUGGACGAGACCGUAUUGUGGUAGAUAUUCCUGUUGAUCACCCCUCAUGUUCCAAACAGCAUGCAGUUCUACAGUUCCGACUGGUAGAAUUUACGCGGAGUGAUGGUUCAACUGGUAGGAGAGUUCGGCCUUACAUAAUUGAUCUCGGCUCAGCUAAUGGAACUUUUGUGAACAAUAACCAGAUAGAGGCACAACGUUUUGUGGAGCUCAUGGAGAAGGAUAUGAUCAAGUUUGGUUUCAGUUCAAGAGAGUAUGUGAUUCUGCAUGAGAAAUCGGACACUUCCGAGGUGGAGGAUCAGGGCGUUAUCUCAGACUGAACUAGACUAAGUUGUGUUUUAGAGAAAUGGGGAUCAAACUUGGUCAUUUGUAAAAAAAAAAAAAGGGGGGGAAUCAUGUUGAAGUUCAUGCUCUGUGGUCCUCAUUAAAUAUCAUGUUUCAUCAUCAUUUUGAACAAUGUUGUAAUAUUCACCAAUGUUCACUGUCAUUUAAGCUGCCUCAUAAUUGUCAUAAUUUGCAUAUAUAUUAUGUUCUAAACUUGGAUGACAUCAUGGACAUAAAUGCUGUAAACAUAUGUUAUCAUGUAUUUUUUCAAAUGCAGUAUACCAGUAUAUGAAGGUUGUUCCAGUAAUUUGCAUAUGUAGAGCAUGCUUUCAUGUUAAUUGUUAACAUGUAUUAAAAAAUGCAUGACACCAUA